AUGUGGUCAACCUGUUCUUGCUUGUCGUUCAACUUAUCCAUGAUCCUCGGAAAGUACGGAGAACUUGAGUGGUAUUGGAUAAUCUCUUCCUCAAGUAUGAUGCAUUGGAAUCCGGCAUCGGAGAAGUCUACAAGUCCGAGCCCUGGGUUUAAAAGAUGCCUGCUUGUCCUUGACUUUAGCCUCAACUUUGGCAACUUGACUUUCACCUCGAAUUUCGACCUACUGAUUAACAUGCCUGAAAUUACGGAAAAUACCCCUCCUAGUUUAUUGGCCCAGCUAUCGGUGCUGGCUCUCCAACCCUACGCAUCGUUGUCUGGAGUUUUGGCCCUGAUGAUAAUACUUGCCAUUUUCAAGGCUGUAUUUGAUCAGGAUGAAAAGCUCAUCCCUGGGUACGCAGCUGUUGAACAUAAACAAAGAGUGGGUUUAAUGCCUGGCAUGGCUGGAUUUCUCUUUGACGUACACUCGUCGGAGGUAUUCAAGGGAGUCGUGAGGACCCAGCUGACCCAAUCACUGGGCAGAAUCACAGCUGCCCUCUCGUCCGAAACGGCCGCUGCUCUCGAGGAAUACUUCCCACCAAGGAACGAUUGGCAAGAAUGCGUCUUUUACCCCACGACGGUAGACCUGGUUUUUAGGUUAUCUGCUCGUGUCUUUCUGGGAGAAGGGAUCUGCCGUAACAAAGGAUGGCUCAAGGUCUCUGGGGCUUACGCCGUCGAGGGUAUCGAGUUUACUCGUGUCUUGAGGUUCUGGAAACCAAUUGUGCGACCUAUUGUGCAGUUCUUCUUGUCAGAACGUCUCCAAAUGAUGAAAUCUGAGCGAGUCGCACGGAGAAUCAUCAAUGAGGAAUUGGAACGGAGAUGCCUCGAACAAACCGAAGGCGCGCGAGCCGGAAGGCCCGUGAGGAAGUAUGACGACGCUUUGCAGUGGCUACAAGAUUGGAGUGUGCUGAAGGAAUCACAGCGGCGCAACCCGGUUCACCUGACCAUCAUGACUCGUAUUGCUGAGGGGAAUGUGACAUUCUCCGAUGGACUCAAGGUCCGCAAGGGCGAUAUGCUCACCGUCACUACGCCUGAAGUUAUGAUGGACUCGGAACUGUUCCCUGAGCUAGAGCGCUUCAUUGGAGACAGGUUUUUGAAGCUUCGCUAG